GGAAACAGCGGCAACUGAAUAGUGGAGAACCUGAGUUUGUCAAUCAACAAAAACGAAAAAUGGGCGCCACGACCUCUUGCAAGAAAUCCGAUAGUUUGGGAUAUCCUAAGCCUGAUGAUACGGCAUACCGUAAGUGCCAGGAAUUAAAGAUGGAACGCUGGAUACAGAUGCACUACCAAAUUAAACAACGGGAACAAGCGCUGGCGAUUGCCCAUCAACGGGAGCUAUUCUACUGGCUAAGCGGCUUUUAUUUAAGUGCUUUAUACGGCUGCGCUAGUUAUUACCAGCGGGUUAAGCGAGCCUCAGCGUUGGCGCCUCUGCUGCCUCUCACCUUUGUUAUGGGAUACUACACAGACUGGGCAUAUGGCAGUAAACUGCAUCGUAUUCAAGCCGAAGCAAAUAUGAUUAUGGACCAUGAACAGGAGCUACUACAUUGGCCAGGGGGACUGCCCACCGUCGCUAGCAUUGACGAGGCUCGAGUUGAAAUUGAAAUGGAGAAGAAGAUGCACCCUCACCACAUGUAAUUUCCAGAUGAAAUAUUUGAAAUCACUUUUUAGUGCUGCGAAUGUGCAAUGAACAACACUUACAUAUAUUAUUCCAUCGAUUCAUACGCAUAUUAGUACAUGUGUUCAUUGUACAUACAUACAUCAAUUUUUACAUUGGGCACGUUCAUCAGGACUUGUAUUUGUGUAUCUUUCUGUAUCUUCAUACAUUUUUAUGGCAACGCAGUUGAAAAAUAAAUAUUGGCGUAACUCUCAGUUUCUUAAA